GCGCACUGCUCGCCUUGGGCAAAUGUACUGCUUGUAUUUGCUCCCAUCACACACCUCACCAAGAGGUCCCCUUCCCCAAUCACGACAAGCAACAUGUCAGCAGCAGGUGUUGUCCCCGUUGGGCUCCCCCAAUCAUAUUAGAUGGCUGAGCGCGGCUCAGUUUGAGUCUGGCGCGCAUGCCCAAGGAUUACAUGGCACACAAAGUCCCGUAGGGUGCAGCUGAUUCCCAAAUGGCAAACAAUUGGCAGCGGCAGGGCAAGAGUGCGCGGCUGGUCGAACGCCGGAGUUACUACCGACGAGUUGCUGGCUGGCUGGAAGUUUGCUGACGCGCAUUCGGCGCUCUUGGACAGCGCUGACGGCGGCAGCGGCCCGGGCUUUGAGGACGUCCGCCGCGCACGAGAGAGCCUGCGGGACAGCAUUGAGCGCAUGAUGCGCCGCGCACAGAAGCAGCAGCAGCAGCAGCAGCAGUUCGCGUGAGAGCUACGUGCGGCAGGCUGCGACGAUGCCGUUAUGUAUGUUUGGAGGCGGCAAGAGAAGGAGGCAGAUUGCGUUUCCAUAUUGAGUUGAUACCGCGGUUGCGUCGUGGGGCCUGGCUGGCAAACUAACAUCAGGUUGGCGAGGUUUCGGCGGGUUCAAAGUGUGCUGCUUGUUUGUUGCUUGUGCGGCUUGGGGUACGGCUUGAUGAGGUCCGCGGCGGGAAACCAUGCAUGCUUUUGCUCUCCACACCACCGGCCUCGAGUGGACUGCUGCUGCUUCUGGCUGGUUGCGUCUGGCUACUGCUAAGAUUAGGGCCGGGCGGGGCGUCUGGGCAGCAACCGCAGGGGCCGUUUCGGCAGUUCGGUAGCCGGGGACCGAACUUGGAAGUACGGUAAGACUGCAACCCGCCGGAACCCGCCGUGGCGAAGGCGCUCCCGCGGCGAUUAUCCAGAGGCCCCCACGCACCCGCCAGGCAUUAUCGUAAGCAAGCAAGCAGCCAAGCACAGGGCAGUGUGACUGUGUGAGUGUGUGUGCUGGGGGGGGGCAUGAAGUGCUGCGGGCUAGGCUGCGGGCCGCGGUGACGUAUGCAGGCGUGUUGUGUGUAUGAUAGAUGUGUGUGUGUGGCUGAUGUGCGAGGUGGUUGCGGAGUUUUGUUGGUUGACAGCUAGCUGCGGAGCUGCCUGUGGCGCUAGGAAAUCAUGGAGGCCGUGUUGCAUUCUUUUCGUCCGUAGUUGCCGCUUCCAAGACACGCACAGUGGACGUGCCGGCACGGCGGGCACACGAAUUUCUGUGUUUGCCAGUAAUAAUAACAUCUGCGGUAUCGUAAUGUGCUAGUUGAGCUGUCCCCAGCACCGUGCAAAGCAGCGCC